GUCUAUCUCUGAAGCUGUGUUGAGAAGCUUCCUCUUAACACUAAGUGUUUGAUUUGAAGCAAGAAGGAUGCUCUCUACCUUCAAGAGACCAUCGCUGACUGGACUGCUGUUGAUGAAAGCCAUUCAACAAAACCAUGCAUCAAGAAUCUACAGCAAGCCACCAAAGGAUAAGAUUGGACCAAUGCAAUCCGUCUUUGCCCUGUGUGUGUUUGCGGUGACUCUCCUUGCCCCAGCCGGGUGGAUCAUGCAUCACGUUCCAGAGUACCGGCAGAGAACACCUCCACAUCCGUGACAGCUGAGAGGAUUCUGCAUUCAGAAUGACGCCCAAGUCUGUGCAGCUUUUAAAGACGAGAAGCCACUUUGGGACUAAACACGAUGGAGAUUUUGAGAUAUAUUUUUUAAUCUCUUAAGAUUUUAGCUAAACCUCUUUACAGAAAGUCAUGGAGCUCCUCAUUAACUAGUGUUGAUAUAACCCAAAAUGUGACUUCCAUGCAUGUGGGCGCCAGGUCUUAAGAGGUUAAUGCAAAGUUUGAUCCAUAAUGUGCUUUUUAAAAUAAACAUGUGUAUUGCUUUA